CCAUGCGAUUUUACGAAAUUUAUUUAUUUUUUUACGAUAUUGCGAUUUUACGAAUUUACGAAUUUGUGGUAGCGCAGUUGUACCAACAUCUCAUAAGGGUCCUGAACACACUGCGGAGCCCCUGAAGCCUUCCAAUUCAAAAUGGGCAGGUCUCUCUUUCUCCCCACAAAUAUUCCUCUGAGUUUUUCUGGUAUACCCAGAUUGCGUUCCCCACCUAAUCUAUCUCACGGGUCUCUUCCUCUGAGUAUAAGAAUAAAAUUCAAACAUGGGUUUCAAAGAUUUCCAUAUUCAAAUACCAAAGAGGCGAGAACUCUCUGCACAAGGGCUGUGUUAUCUGAAAUUCCCAAUCAAAAACAGUACCCAAAGAUGGGUGCCCAAUCAACUGGACCCAUUGCACCUAGUCGGCUCAUACAAGUGGCUGAGACUGCCGCUAGCACUGGUGCUCAGGUUGUGAUGGAUGCUGUGAAUAAGCCUCAGAGUAUUACAUAUAAGGGACUAACUGACUUGGUUACUGACACGGAUAAAAUGAGUGAAGCUGCAAUUUUAGAAGUUGUGAGGAAUAACUUUGGAGACCACCUUGUCCUUGGGGAGGAGGGUGGAAUUAUAGGAGAGACAUCUUCUGAUUAUCUCUGGUGCAUCGAUCCUUUAGAUGGGACAACAAAUUUUGCCCACUGUUACCCUAGCUUUGCAGUCUCUGUGGGAGUCCUGUUUCGAGGAAAACCUGCUGCUGCAUCUGUGGUAGAAUUUGUCGGUGGCCCUAUGUGUUGGAAUACGCGCACAUUUUCUGCUACUGCUGGUGGAGGAGCAUUUUGUAAUGGACAAAAGGUUCAUGUCAGUCAAACCCAUCAGGUUGAGCAAUCUCUUCUUGUUACUGGUUUUGGCUAUGAACAUGAUGAUGCGUGGGCCACCAAUAUGGAGUUAUUUAAAGAAUUUACUGAUAUCAGCAGGGUACUAAUUGAUGAGAUAUAUUUUUUCCUUUUGAGUCAUGGUGUAAGAAGGCUGGGUGCAGCUGCAGUGGACAUGUGCCAUGUAGCUCUAGGAAUUGUUGAAGCAUAUUGGGAAUACCGUCUAAAGCCCUGGGAUAUGGCUGCUGGUGUUUUGUGGUGCAUAGAAAAAGGGAAAAUCUCAAGACACCAACAAUUUGAAGUAAAGAGCUUGGGUGAUAUGGAAUAAUUUCUUGGAAUGUAGAUUUACAAGUCAGAAAGAGGAACCUUUCCAUCACAUCAAUGAAUAUAUCUUGGAUUUGGUCAGGUAAAUAUGUUUGUUGCGAUGUGAACCAAGAUAGUAUCUAGUAUAUAUAUCUCAAUUGUAAUCUCAAACUUGGAAUAGUCAUUAGAAGCAACUAUCAUGGACAGAAACAUAUGAUAAAUACCACUUGGCAAACUAAUUUACUUGUGUUAUAGAAGGCCUGACAUCGGAUAUGUUGCAAGUUUGAUGUUCAAUUUAUGUACUCUAAUUGAAGAACAUUUGAAAGGCGUUAUCAGAAUUUUAAGGUAUUUGAAUGGGACUAAUGGUAAUGAAGUCUCAAAAAAUAACCACUUAGGAGUUGAAGCAUAUACUUAAACAAACUGGGCAGCAUCUAGUAAUUGUAGGAGAUCAACUUCAGGAUACUACUGUUAGUAAUUUGGAGGAACAAGAAGCAAUAUGUUUCUAGUUUGAUGUGCAAAGGCAGAAAUGAGAUCUGUCUUAAGGAAAUUUUACUAUCGAGAGAGCUCAAGGUAAACUAAUGAUGUUCCUAUUAAACUCUAAUAUUAUCAAUAGUUGACAUAGUUGACUUGAGAAUGUUAGGGCCAAACAUAUUGAUAAGGGCACUUCAUCAAGGAUAAUUUAGAAAGUGAUUUAAUCUGUACUAUGAUAACACUAGUAGAAAGAUUGAUAUCUACAGUUACUUUCUAUCAACUCAAGAUUUUGGAAUUUGUGAUAGUUUAACAUAGUUUCGUAGACUGUUUAUCUACAAAGUGUUGUGAUCGAAUCUUGCUAAAUCCUAUUUGUUGUUAACUAUACUACGUUAGUAAGGGCCAAUUUAAGUUAUUUGUAGAUGGACGUGCCCAUAAAGGGAGCGUAGAACUAUUACUGUUAUACCUUGGGCCCUACCUUGGGCCCACAAUCCGCUCAGCCAAGAGGAUCAAGGAGGCAGGCCAAAUAGCCAUAAUGUGAUGGGGAAACCCCAUUGUCCUGGAAAGCCCGAAGGGCCUUUCUAGAGUAAAUCUCUGAUGUUCUUGUUAGAGCCUUUUC